AUGAAUGUUCCUACUGUAUCUAUAGAUCCCGAUGAGGAAAUAGCUCUGUGUUGCGGGCUAAUGUUCUACCAACCCACUGGGUAUUACUCUAAUCCCCGGAGCUUAUGGAAAGAUCUUGCGCGGGAAGGAUUUCAAUUUCCAUUCAAGAAAGUGCGUGAUUGGCUCAUAAACCAAAAUGAAUGGCAAAAGUACGCUCCACCGCCGAAAGACAUUCCAAGAGUCAGUUAUGGUAAAAUUUCACGUCCGAACUGUGUACACCAGUGCGAUCUUUUGCGUCUUACGAAUGACAAAAUAUAUAAAAAAAUAUUUAAAUGGGUUCUUAAUGUCGUAGAUGUCGCCAGUAGAUACAAAAAUUCUAUACCCCUAACAUCGAAAAACAGUUCAGAAGUUGCACGCGCGUUUGAAAAAAUCUAUGACAACUCAAAUAUUCCGCUUACUUGGCCCGAGUUAUUACAAUGUGAUGGUGGGCGUGAAUUUAUGGGCGAAACCGCUCGAUUAAUGCGAGACCAUAAUGUUACAAUUCGGUUGAAUCUCUAUCUUCAAAUCCCAAAUUAA